CGGAUGCAGCGGGAGGAGGCGCUGCCGCCAUAUUUGCCCGGAGAGCAGCGAGCUGGUAGCUGCAGAGCCCCCCGGACCCAUCGGCUGCCAUCCGCCCCGCGCAGUCCCCGCCGCCGCCCCGCCCGUAGGACAUGGACGAUCGGGAGGACCUCGUCUAUCAGGCCAAGUUGGCUGAGCAGGCUGAGCGCUACGAUGAAAUGGUUGAGUCAAUGAAGAAGGUGGCUGGAAUGGACGUGGAGUUGACAGUGGAAGAAAGAAACCUGCUUUCUGUCGCAUAUAAAAAUGUGAUUGGAGCCAGGAGAGCUUCCUGGAGAAUAAUCAGCAGCAUUGAACAGAAAGAAGAAAACAAAGGUGGAGAAGACAAAUUAAAAAUGAUUCGGGAAUAUCGGCAAAUGGUUGAGACUGAACUGAAGUUAAUCUGUUGUGACAUUCUGGAUGUACUGGACAAACACCUCAUUCCAGCAGCUAACACUGGCGAGUCCAAGGUUUUCUAUUACAAAAUGAAGGGGGACUACCAUAGGUAUCUGGCUGAGUUUGCCACAGGAAAUGACAGGAAGGAGGCUGCAGAGAACAGCUUGGUGGCUUACAAAGCUGCUAGUGAUAUUGCAAUGACAGAACUCCCACCAACACAUCCCAUCCGCUUAGGACUUGCGCUCAACUUCUCUGUAUUCUACUAUGAAAUUCUUAAUUCUCCUGAUCGUGCCUGCAGGUUGGCAAAAGCAGCUUUCGAUGAUGCUAUUGCAGAACUGGAUACACUGAGUGAAGAAAGCUAUAAGGACUCUACACUUAUCAUGCAGUUGUUACGUGAUAACCUGACACUAUGGACUUCAGACAUGCAGGGUGAUGGUGAAGAACAGAAUAAAGAAGCGUUGCAGGAUGUGGAAGAUGAAAACCAGUGAGACACAAAGGCCAACAAGAGAACCCAUCUCUGACCACCCUCCCCCUUCCCCACAAAAACCCUCAGUGUCACUCUGAGAACCACCAAAUCUGACUUUUACAUUGGGUCUCAGAAUUUAGGUUCCUGCCCUGUUGGGUUUCUUUAUUUUUAUUUUUUUUACACAGUUUAAAAGUUCUUAAAGGCAAGAGUGAAUUUCUGUGGAUUUUACUGGUGCCAGCUUUUAGGUUCUUUAAGACACUAACAGGACUGCGUAAAGGCUCUUUCAGCAUUACUGUAUUGUCUCUGCCAGCUGUGGUGACAUUGCCAUCAGACCUGGAUGUGACACCUGAAGGCCGUGUAGGGAGAGAUUGGUCCUGGCCAGGUAGUGCUCAUGUGGUGGCAUCUUUCUUUUUUUAUAACUGUUUAAACUGAAUUUUAUACCAAUGUUUCAACUUAAUUGGGUGUUUAGCUUGAAGUUGCAAGGUUGCAUUUGGGACAUUUAUUGUAGUGGUUUUACUGUAUAAAAACAAAAAGUUUCCAAACUGCUGAAAUGUUGCUGAAAAUCAUGGUGCUGGUAACAGUUCAACAAUCCGUGGCUGCUCAUUCUUGCCUGUUCUUUACUUUCCCUCCAAGCAGGUUAGCAUUGAAGGUGGCAUUGAUAAGCCUGCAUGCGUGUUCAAUAUUUUUUCUUUUCUCCCUCCCCUCUCCCCAUCUCCCUUCGCUCGCUCAACCUCUUUUGUUCAGUAUGUGUAACUUGAAGCUAAUUUGUACUACUGGAUAUCUGACUGGAGCCACAGAUACAGAAUCUGUAUUGUUCUUACUGAAACACAGCAUGGAAUUAACAUUAAACUUAAAUAAAACAAACCUAAAUUAAAAAUGCCAA